AUGGCACAUGAAGAGGAAGUCCCCCCAGCCGAUGAGGAGAAGAUAAAUAGAAUCCGGGAGAUCCUCAGAGAGAGAGGAGUGAAGUGGGAGGAUGAAUAUACACCCCCAGUGCCGUUGAGGACGAGCAAAGAAGCUGGAGGAGUGUUAGAUUCUCUGUCCCUUUUCCUCACUGGAUCUCUCCUCCACCUUCCUCUCCUUAAGAAAAGAUUGGGGAAGGAGGACGUCAGCAACCCGUACACUCUUCUCCAAUCCGCGACAGAUCUCUUUCGGAGGCCCAUCGUCCUCAUCGGAGAAAAUCACUCCUGGACCUUCUUCCCUCGAGGAAGGGCUGAAGGAGGGGGAGAUAAAGAUGAAUUAUUGGGAAUCCUCCUUUUCGCCUGGGACUCCUCUCAGCCGUUGAAAAUCAUCCCUGUUGUGCCUCGAUGGGUGGGAGCGUCGCGCGAGGCUUGGAUGGAAUCGGACGAGCUGCCCCCAGUGUACGGGGAGGGCCGGAUCCCUUCCUCCUUCCCAAGGGAAAUUCACUUCCGAGGAAAGGUGGAUGUGCUCUGCGGGGAACACACUGUGCCCCUCCUGUGGGAGCUGGAUAGGAACCUGGCUGGAUUGCCGCCCCUUAGAACAAGCAAUGAGUAAUUGUUCGCAAUCUCUUCCCGCUUUCAUGUCUUGCUGGGUGGCAUAACGCGUCCAAGUUCGAAAUGUGUCGCAGCAUUGAAAAUAAUACUAAAACUAGGAGCAGACAUAUUCAUAGUGGAACCAUUUUUUCUUCAAAAAUACCCGCCUAGAAGACGAUUUUGGGAUCUUCGUCCCCAUUAGUCCGGCUGGAUCUAAACUCCUCUCCGUCGAAGUUGCAUUUGCAUGCUGAAGAGGGAAAUGUGCAGCCGUGGAGUUAUUCCGAG